CCAUUUCUCUCACAUUUGAAAAGAAGUGUACAAUGAGCUCUGAAUCAGGAGAAAAGGAGACGCUGAACAAAUUGGGUGUACAUGUGCCACCUGUCCCAGCCAAAUGUCUCCCAGGACCAGUUCAUCAUCAUAAUCGCAAAGCUAUUGACUGGGGUCCUCAUGGUCUACUAGCUUAUGGUUGCCAGUUCCUUGCUGUCAUCGUAGAUCCAGUAUCACUACAACAUGUCCAAUGUCUGGAUAGACACAGAUCACAUGUCACACAGGUGAGAUGGCAGAUGAAUCAAAGGAACCAAUCAUUGAAGUCAAGGGGGAUCCUUGCUUCUAGUGACAUGAAUGGGAGAGUCAUAGUUUGGGAUGUUGUUACAGGAGUCCCCAGGCACUCAUUCAAGGAAGGAGAUAAGCCAGUCCUUGAUCUAAGAUGGAUUCCUAGUGGAAACAAUGCAGAAAAUUAUCUAGCUGCUUUACAUCCACCUUACUCUUUAGUGGUGUGGAAUAUGGAAACUGGAGGAAAGUUAUGGAAGAAAGUCUAUACAGAGCAGCUUCUCAGUUUUGGAUUUGACCCAUUUGAUUCCACACGUAUAGCAUUUCUCUGCCAAGACUCUGCCAUCCUUUUGGUGGAGGAUUUUACACUUGCCAAAGUUCCCUCUGGAAAUGGAAGAAAAUUUUCCAUAGCAGCCUCUCAUCAUCCUUGUCUGUCCCCUUCAACUCCCACUUUUGACUCUGGUGAGAAAAAGCAUCGGGCUUCUGUCAUCUUGAAGCGAAAGAUGUUAGAACUUGUGACAGGGGAAUCCAAGCCACGGGGCUCAGAAGAUGGUGAUAAUGGAGAAUGUAUUCAAAUAUUAUGGCAUCAAAGCAUUCGCCACUUUCUGCUCCUUGUAUAUCCCCGAGAGAUCUUGGUCCUUGAUCUUCUCCUCCAUCUGACCAUCAGUGUCAUUCCAAUUGAAGUUACAUCAUCAUCUAUAAUGCAGGUUCUCUUCUAUGAACUCAGAGGCCAGUCAGAAGUGAUUCGCAGCUCCAGAACACAGAAGCCCUUCUCCUGUGCUGUACAUCCAAUAAAUGAAACUCAAGUCACCCUGCUGUUCUCCAAUGGAGUGUUAUUAGUUUCUGAACUGGCACAUAAAAAUUCCAUGCCAUCAAGAAACUCUCCUGUAUCAAUUCAUGAUAUCAGCUGCAGCAUUACAACCCACUCCAGCCCUGCCCUUGUGGUUGACAAGACAUGUCAUCCAUACCACAUUGCACAAGUUGGAGUAGUAGCAGGAAUUGCGUCGCCCAUCAUGGUGAUUCGAAUGUGUCCACCCAUGACAUACAAGAACUGGAAGGCCUACAGACCUUAUCUGGCAGUGGGAACCCAUCAAGGAAGUGUAGUGAUAGUGAACGUGUCCACUGGGGUGUUAGAGAGAGAGUUCUCCAUUCAUCAGUCAUGUGUUCGGGGUAUUGAGUGGACUGGGUUAGAUUCGUUCUUGUCAUUUGCUUAUGGAUCUACCCUGCUGGAGUCUCCAAGCAGUGGAGUGUCCAGUAAUGGUCUAGUUGACAAUGAGUUGGUUCAUGUCCAACUGGUCACUGGUGAAACUAGGUGUCUUCGAAGUGAUGUUGGCCAUGAAGAACCAAUUCAAAUGAUUCGUGUUUCUCAUCUCAAGCUAUAUUUUGUGAUAGCUUUCCGUGAAAAGGCCAUGGAAAUAUGGAGCCUUGAAUCUAUGGUUCUACUAAAGCGCGUGAAUAGCAAAUUAAAGGGAAUCACAUCUUUAGAAUGGUCUCCAAUGCGCCUUGUUCUUCCCAGUGCCAGUAAUAGUCACAAGGAUGCUGCCAAGGAUAAUCCUGUUUCACCAGGUCCAGGAGAGGAACAUUUUCUCUAUACAGAUGCUUCUGGUAAUUUGUUGCUGGGUGGAUUUGAUCAAAAACGAAUCCACUACAGAAAUCUUGGAGAUGAUCCAACAUUGAAGAAUGCUCAUUGUAUGGCAUGGAAAAGCGAGUUUGUUGCCUGGGGUUUUGCUGAUAGCAAUCUUCUGGUUUAUAACAUUGAGUCUUCAUCAUUCGCAAGUUUUAACCUCUCCAAAGACAUAACAGGACCAAUCCGUCGUCUUCGUUUUGGACCGGGCAAGGGGAAUUACCGUCUGUUGAUCUUACAUUCUGAUAGUGUCACAAUUUGGGACCUGGCACUGAAGAAGGUCCUCUCUACCCUGAACUCUCCUCGAGACAUGGUGCGUAUACUAGAUGUUGAUUGGGCUACAUCUGAGAAACCUGUCCUGUUGACUGCUGACAGCUGCAUCCGCAUUAUGGACAUCACACUUGAGUUUUCCACUUCUCCCCUUGAUCCUGUAAGUCACCCAGUCCUCCUUCCACCCAAAUUGUACUUGGCCCUCGAGUCUCUUCUGCAGUUUCAAGCCUGGAGAGAGAAAUACAGCUUUCAGUUGGAGCCAUGUGAAGAUGGUUUGCAUGGGACACAGCUCAGUGCUCUCCAAAGGCAGUUGAAUUUACUGGAUGAAGAAAUUAAGACAAAGUUGAAAAAUCCUGAAGCAAGCAUUCCUGAUCGGUGCCUUGUGGCUGCCAAAUGCCUAGGAGACCUAUGGGGCAUAGAUUUUUGGACUAUUGUGAACUAUUCACUUGCACGGGAGACCAAACCAUUGGAGAAAGCUGAGAGAGGCAUGUCCACAUCCUAUGAUAUCUUUCUUGAGAAUGAACUAUAUAAGGAGCUGCAGUUGUUGCGCCUGAGUCUGGAAGAAACACGAGCUUUGGUCACAACAGAAUAUCUUGAUCAAGUCAUUAAGCAAGCCAUAAUACUGGGUGAAACUGAGAAGGCAAUGCAGCUAUUGCUCCAUAGUGACCCCUUGCAAAAGGAAUUCCAUACAGAUAUGCUGAGAGCAUGUCUGAUCUCUUCCUUGAAAGGAAAUCCUGACUCGGAAGGAAUAGUAAAAUUGGCAGCUGCAAAUCUCAUAGCAAAUGGAUUACUCGGUGAAGGAGUGGAGCUGCUGAUCUUGGUUGGGAAGAUUUUAGAUGCAUGUGACUACCUCAAGUCAUCUGGAGAAUGGGAUCAAGCUGUUCGUGUGACUAAGUCAAACCUCUCUGAUGUCAAGUCCAGAGACCUUCUUUGCAAAUGGGCUGAAUUUCUCAAAGCACAAAUGUACAAGGACCGAGCUGUUUUGUUAUAUGUGUCUAUUGGAGAGUGGGAGAAGGCCAUUUCAGCUCUCCAUGAGAUGGGCCUGGAUUCCAAGGCUGUUCUUCUUUAUCUUGCAUGCGCAAACAUGAAUGUGCUCAAAUGCCCUGAUGUUGACCUGGAUGGAGCUCUGAAGAAGUCAGUACUUGUUUCGUAUGGCACAUACCUUGAGGAUCUCGGUUUAGCAGAGGCUGGGAAGUAUUGCCUUGAAACUCUCCUUCAAGCAAAAGCAUCAUGAAGAAAUGCAGCCUGAACUUCAUUUCUUUGUUCAAACCUCAUCUUUGAGCAUAAUCAUUCUCAGAACGAGAGCCAAUUCCGUCAAUAGUAUUUUUUGACGAAAUCACAAUAUUGUGAUUUUUUGUUUUUUUUGUUUUUCCAGAGAAAAUCAAUAAAUAUAUAUUCUUUUGCU